UGAACACGUACAUUCUGUUGUUCGUAAUGACUCUCUGCAGAAGAUUGUUUUCAUCAAUUUUGGUGUAGACACGAUGCUAUCUCUUCUCAUUCCAGUCUUCUUUUUCGUGCUAGCGCACAGGGGCGUUUGCGUGCCAAACGCAUCGCUAGUAUGCAACACGUAUAUUCAAACUGCGGGAGAAGACUUCACAACCAACUGUUCGCACAUGGGACUAACUUAUCUUCCUUCUGGAACGAAUCUAUCUACGACCGUUCUUGAUCUAAGCCACAACUAUCUAACUCAUGUUCCUCCGGGUCUUGUGGAUCUGAAGAACUUAGCUGAGCUUUACCUUCAUGAUAAUUUGAUUGAAGAAGUCAACACCCUGUCAGGAUUGCUGGGUGGCCUUACAACUCUUACUCUGCAUGACAAUCCAGUUGAUUGCAAUUGUGAUCUUCGAUCAUUUUUGGUGUCUCUUCACGAGUUGGAGACUGAAAUACUACAAGAUUUGUCUACUUGCUCAAAGCCUGUUGUUCUUCGAGAAUGGAGGGACAUGCACAAGUGA